GGAGGAUAGUCGAUGACUGUGGAGGUGCUUUCACGAUGGGAGCCAUAGGAGGUGGCAUCUUCCAAGCUAUCAAGGGCUUCAGAAACUCCCCGGUGGGUGUAAACCACCGGCUGCGGGGCAGUUUGACAGCUAUUAGAACAAGAGCUCCCCAGCUAGGAGGUAGCUUUGCUGUCUGGGGAGGACUCUUCUCCAUGAUCGACUGCAGCAUGGUAAGGAUGAGAGGGAAAGAAGAUCCGUGGAACUCGAUCACGAGCGGAGCCCUGACCGGAGCCAUAUUGGCCGCAAGAAAUGGACCUGUUGCCAUGGUUGGAUCUGCUGCCAUGGGAGGGAUUCUCCUAGCUUUAAUCGAAGGAGCUGGUAUUCUGCUAACAAGAUUUGCAUCCACACAGUUCCCAAACGGCCCACAGUUUUCAGAAGACCCUUCCCAGCUGCAGCCCUCUCCGUUCGGCGACUACAGGCAAUACCAGUGAUUAGGCUCCUUCCGAUAGUUCCUCUUGUUACGUGAGCUGUAAUUUCAGUUGCUGGAGGACCAGGACGUGGUGGGUUGCAACGCCAGCGGCAGUCCCGUAUACAAACGAUGCCAAGAGG